UAUCCAGAGCUAUACAAAAUGCGGCUAAUUCUCGUUGGGAUAUUGCUGGGCCUGGUUUACAGUUGCGGUGCGACCAUCAGCGGACCCUUCCUCUUCUGGGGUCACCACAAGGUGUCCAGCUUGCAAGCCCAGGCGCUAGUUGAGGCCAGUAGCAGGGAGCAGCCACUGACGCAACUGUUUCGGGAGGCCAAGGCUGUUGUAGUUUUCGUGAGGAACACGACCAGUCGUCUGGAGGGCAUAAAGUACCCCAGGUUCCAGAAUCUGGUGAAGAGUGACACCUGGACCUAUUUACCAGAGCGCAGGCUGAUAGCCGAGCCCUUCGGGUACAAUGCCAACAUUGAGGUCAUAAGCUUAUCUGGGCACGGGGAAGAGGAAGACGACGCUGAGAUUGUGACGGCCUACAAUGACGCUCUACGGAUCUACGGGAAUGGUGAGGUUCUGGGAAUCUUAGCCAGUCGCGAGGAGGAGGCACAUUUCCUCGCCAAACGUGAAACCACCGAGGAAGAACCCAAAAAAACGGCUGAGGGACCACCUGCUGACGUUGCCGAGGAGACAGAGGCAAGCUUCAUUUACGUGGCAGAAGGAAACAAGGCGGUUCUUUCCCUGAACGGUCCCCCCGAGCUGCGGCUUACCAACGAGACAUUGCGCCUGGAGGAGCACAUAAAGCAGAUCACCUUCGACGAUCAGCACGCUAAGGGCUACGGUCGGCUCAGCAUUACCUUUAUGCACAGCGGCGAGAAGUGCACGCUCCGCUUCAAGUUCUCAUUGGCGCGUGGCACAUGGAUCCUGCGAAACGUGGAGGUGGAGUACAGAGAACUGAAGAGCGUACUCCUGGCACGAGGCGACGAUUACACUCUGCCCUCGGCCCCGCUGGGCUUCUCCUAUCGAUGCUCCGCCAACGACUUGAGCUUUAAUAACCCCAACAAAAACGAGACUCUGCAGAGCCUUAUUGUGUCCGACUUCCAGGUGCAGCCCUGGCUGAACGGGCGUAAGGAGUUCGGCGAGGUCUACGAUUGCGUUGGAUUCAUCUCGGCCCCUAUCCUGUCGGGUCUUUUCGUAGUCACCCUCCUGCUCGGCAUCCUAGGCCUCGGGAUCUCCGCCAUGCUCAGCAUGCAUACCCCAAACCGAUUCGAGAGCUCUCGCAGCAAGCAGUUGACUUUCACGGUGCAGGAGUAGGCACGCUUCAAUCCAAAGAUUUGUUAUUAACUCUACGCUACGAAAUGUUUGUCUUGAUCACUUACAUGGCUGUUAACCCAGUGGCACUCUUUACCUUGGCCAUUGAGCUGUUUCUUAUCCAUCUGCUCUUCGUGCUGGUCCUACUCUACGUCUAUGUUCUUUGGUAUUAUUAAUUGAAUGCAUUAUAGUCAUACAAAAAUAUAUGCUAAUUAACCGAAUUGCA